GAACUCAGAAACAAAACCAGUCGAGUCUUUCCCACCGACCGCAGCAUACAGCUCGUGGCCUGCGCUGAAUGAACUCAAAACUUAUCCGUUGUAAAUUGGACAGUGACGUAAUCACUUCUUAGAUAGUAAGAGUGAUGAUAAAGUGAAAGGUUAUCAGUGAAUACAAAGUUGUGGCACGUUGUGUUGUUGGAUUUCGCGCCAAACUCUAGAGAAGACGCCACGACAUAAGGCCAGCCGACGAGAUGGGAAUGGGCGGCACCAUGGACAGCUGCGGCCGUUGUAUGAAGUUCUCACUGAUAUGCAUCAACGUUGUUACCUUUAUCGGUGGGCUGCUGGCGCUGGCGCUGGGCGCGUGGGUGUGGGUGACGCGUUCUUUCUCCAGCACGCUCAUGAGCAACAACAUGUUCAUCGCGUCCGUGGGCGUGGUGGUGGCCACGGGAGCGGCGGUCAUGCUACUCGCGCUGCUGGGCUGUUGCGGCGCGGCUAAGGAGGUCAAGUGCAUGCUGCUCACGUACUACAUCCUCGUGUUCAUCAUUUUCGUGCUCAUGCUUGUUGGAGGUAUCCUGCAGUUCGUGUUUCGGGAAAAGGUGCUGACCACGCUGGACCGCGAGAUGUUUGCAUCCAUACCGUUCUACGGCGUGCGUCCGGAGUACACGCGCGCCUGGGACGACACGCAGACCUACCUGCAGUGCUGCGGCGUGCACAACUACAAGGACUGGAACGGCAACGUGCCCGAGAGCUGCUGCAAGGAGGUCUACCCUGGGAAGCGAAUGGACUGCAAGUACUCCGGCAACCCGGCGACCAUGUACAUGGACGGUUGCCUGCCGCUGACGGUGGAGUUCCUGCGCGAGAACGCCGUGUACGUCGGUGUCAUCGCCAUCAUCGUGGCCUUCAUCAUGUUGCUGGGUUUGAUAUUGUCGUGCGGGCUCUUCGUCAAGAUAGAGUGAAAUAGUGCAAUUUAUAUUGCUCUAACCAGUCUAACAGAUGUCGCAAUCUUGCCUGGCAUGCAAGAGCAGUGUAUACAGAGCCACAUUGGU